AUGGCGGGCAUAUUUAGAAAAGUGUACGACUGGUUAUUGCGGACGUUUUGGGCCAUGGAGAUGGAGGUCACGCUCGUAGGCCUGCAGAAUGCCGGCAAGACGUCGCUCCUGAGGGUUUUGGCUGGUGGUGAAUUUACUCUCGACUCGAUACCGACCGUCGGCUUCAACAUGAAGCGUGUGCAGCAAGGCCAUGUGACUCUGAAAUGCUGGGAUAUUGGUGGCCAGCCUAGGUUUCGUACCAUGUGGGAGAGGUAUUGUCGUGGCGUCAACGCCAUUGUCUUCAUCGUAGACAUUGCCGACAUGGCUCUCAUUGCCCAAGCCAAGGAGGAGCUUCAUUCCUUGAUGAGUUAUCCGACCCUGGCCGGAAUUCCUCUUCUCGUACUAGGGAACAAGUCCGAUUUGACUCAGAAACUUUCCGUGGAUGAGCUGAUUGACGAGUUGGACUUGAAGUCCAUUCAAGGUCGCGAGGUCUGUUGCUACGGCAUCAGUGCCAAGGAGGAAACCAACCUCGAUGCCGUGGUGCAAUUCCUUGUCAAGUGGGCCAGCCGAUGA